AUGGUUCAUUUUUAAUUUACAACUUUCAGCUUUACACUCUUGGUUUAGAAUUAGAUUCACAUUAUCUAUGUUCUUUUGAGUUUAUUGAUUUUAUUCUGGUAAAUUUUUGAAUGUAUGCAUAAUACCAUACUUAAUAUUAUUCCAAAGCAGAAUCCAUGUCAAGCCAAAUUAAAGAGAAUCCAUGGGGAGUGAAUUUGGUUUAAAUGAGGAUUCAAUUCAGUUUGUUUCACUAGACUCAUCACACUCUUCCUCAUUUUCUACACACAAGAAUGAAUCACCAAAACGGAACCUUUACAGCAGAAAACCAUCCUUUCCAAGACAAAAAUCUUUUCUACACUCUUCACUUUUCCAUUAAGAAUUGCACACAUGGUCAUGGCAACGGCAGCUGUCGGCAUUCUUCACUGGAGUCGGUGAGAUUUUCCUUCCGAAGCGGAACAAUUCAAUGCCAUUUUCGACUUGUGGAUCCCCAAGGAUUUUGCACACUUGAUCUGUGUUUUCGACGAGACAGGAAGGUGUUCAUCGUUGCAGAUCUGCUUCAGCUAUGGCUUCACGCGACACUAGUGGAUUGGCCCCCACACAUGUGCUGUGAACUCCAGGUUCUGGUCUUCAAUGAGAAGGAAGCAUUUCCCUUGACCUAAUUUGCAAACUGGCGGGCCAGUUGCAGGAACGUAGAAAAGGUUUAGGGUGUGCAGGUUUUUUUAAUUCACCAUGUGCUUUUUCAUGCUUAGAAAAAUCGUAUCUCAUCAGCAGCACAAUUGGGUCCCCCAUUAGUGGUUGUUUUCGGGUGCGGGUAAGUUUUUGCUCAAUGUCGGUACAAGUCGAGGAAUCCUUCGAUCGUUGUUGUUGUUGAUAUUGUUGAUAUUCAUAUCUUGUAUAUGCCGCCUGGUGGAGGCGCAUGUCGCCCUCCGCAUCCGUGAGGUUUGUGGUAUGGGGGAGCACGGUUUAACUCAGUGUAGUUGUAGUUGUCGAUCCGCUUAGGCACGUUCUGGAAUCGGGACAAGAUGAACCUCUUCUUCGGAGGUGCCUGGGAAUGAAACUUGUCCCUGAUGAAAUCUUUUGAUAGCUCGAAAGUUUUGUUGGUGAUGACCUCCAUUCGCCGUGGUGCCUCCGCGUGCUUCUCUGGAUACCUUGACUUGAAGUACUCGUUCAUGUCGACCCAGUCAUCUUGGUAUCCACCUGCUAUCAGCGUCUCAAAGUUUCCAUCUCUGCAUAAUUGGAUGCAAUACCACAUACCAAAUUGGAAAGCGUAGUCUCAUUCAGAAGGAAAUUCAAUGCGGGAUUCACGGGUUGGGUACACACACAAGACUUAUUUUUGGCAUUGUCGAAGCAGUCGAAUGAUAUUCUAGGGUGUAGAACUUUGGUGCAGAAGUUGAAUGUAUUACCCGGGGUGUGAAAUCCCAUAUCUAUGAUUUGGGUUGUUGUCUGAGGGUAGUUUCCAUGUUGUGUUCUGCACAAAACAACAUACACAUGAAGCAGAGCUCUUAUGUGUUCUUCAUUCAUCGAGCUAAAUAGUGGCAAUUUCCCAUUCAAUUAAGAUGCAAGAAUUCAUAUAACACAAGACCUCAUCAUGUACACUUCUGUUGCAACUGCAGGCAUUACAAAUUUACGCGCAACAUGAAUGGAGAACGCUUUUCUGGAUUUGUUCUUUUUACAAGGACUUUUUUAGGUUGUAUAUGGCAGAAGAAUCGCUCCCGGGCAGUUCGCUGUUCGUUUGCUUUACAAUAAUGGCUGCAGAUUCACAACAAACGGGGGCAAAACAAUGAGAUUUCACAGCUCAUGGAUCUGCAAUAGGUCAACAAAUGACAUCAACAGAACUACCGUCACUGCGUCACGUGGUUACAGAGAACUAUGGGAAUGGUAAAAGAUUCCAGAGGCACGGCAAGCUAUUUCUCCUUACUGGAUGGCAGCUGCCUUGUUCAUUUUCUUGAAAUCAGCACCAUAACGUUCCUGCGGAGGUGCUGCAACCGUCUCGGGAUGCUCUAUCACUGUACACACCCCAAGUAAAUGUGAUUCCAAUAACGUUUUUGUGAUUUCUGCUAAAUUUUCUAUUGUGUGCAAGAGCAGCAUGUCUUAUGAAAUGGUUUUGAAUUUCAACUCUUAAGAAAAUAUUGGCAUUGUUGUUCGGUCAAGCUGUGCAUUAGAACAUUUGUUUUUUCUUAGACAUACUUGUGGCAACCCACCUUCUUUGACGCCAAGAGCACCUCGUUCACCGGGUCUUCCGUAUAUGAAGUGAGGAUCGCGGAUCCUGUGCGUGACUCUUCUUGGCUGGAGUGUCACCCCAAACGAUUGUGCUAAAGAUCAGAACGUAACAUUUUUCUUGGACUUUAGCAACAGCAGUACAGAUUCAUGCUUUUUUGUAGUGUGUGUAUUAUGACUACUAUCCACUUUACUGAAACAAUUCCAGUUUAUGAUUGAAGAUUGGAAAGGUUGAGGUGAUUACAUGACCGAGCUCUGCUUUAACAAGGUUCCAGUUCCACUUAGAAGAUGCACGUGCCAUCCCACACCUGCGAUGAUCGGACUCGGCAUACAAAUGCAUUAACCCCAUUUUUGGGCAAUUUGGGUUGUGUAUUCCUCUCUCUUUCACCGAGUCUCCUCCUCACUUAUACCUUCUAUCUAGUGGGUAAUUCUAAACCCUACUUAUUUGUGUCUUUCAUUUUGAAGUCACCCCUUCCAUGCACCGAUUUGCUCCUUAGCUAGCUGAAAUUUCACACCAAGUAUCUCAGUCCUACUUCCAUUCGUUGCUAGCCCUUUCAUGAGCUUCAACUAUAUCUCGGUUCAGAUUCUGCUCUCUGCUAGAAUUUCAGCUCACUGUGCAGUUAGUCAGUUGCUUAAUUAUCAAUUCCAUAUUGCCGCGAAGAGAUCAAAGUUGCCAUUAGAGUACGAACUGAAAGAGAAUCGAGACACUAAAAAAGAACUGAACUCAUUGCGCGGAGAAACAAAAUGUGUUGUGGAACAACACCAAGACGCCGCUACAACUUGCAAGAGCACAGAACGAAACAUGUUCACCCGACUUGCGAAUUUGAGGGAGCACAGUGAUGCUGCUGGCGGUUCGUGGAUUUGGUUUGAAACUGUAACGGUCUCUCGGAUUCCUAACGGAUUCAGGAUGUCCGUAGCUCUCUGGAUCACAAUUGCAUCACAAUCCCAGUGGACAUAUUACUCUCAACAAAUUACGUUCCUGAAAGGUAUUGUCUCUUUUCAGAUCUAAGAGCUAAUUUCUAAAUAGGAUUUUUGUUCUUCAAGUGGCUCUUGACUUGGUUUUAUAGCAUUAUGGUGGAUAGAUUAGUGCAAGGCUAGUUGUUUUAGGAUUCAUUAUUUGUGCAACCAAAUCCUUUUUCUUUAGUUGAUUGUGGAUAUUCACCAAGAUAUAGUCUUUAGGUGGUAGUCACCAAGACAUUCUACUUUGGCUAAUAUUAGAAAUAUAUAUUUUUUAACAUGUGUAAAUAAAGAUAACAUUUGAAGCAACUUAUAUAAA